AUGGAUGAAUCUAUAGCCCGUUUGCCUGAAUGCUUGAUUCUUGAGUGCCUUGCUCGUCUACACCUCAAGGAGAUACAUGUUGCAUCGAGAGUCUGUCGUAAAUGGCUUCGUCUUAUUCGAUCUCGUUAUUUUUACACUCUUCGGAAACAACUGGGAUAUUCGAAUCAGGUGGCUUGCUUGCUCCAACACUUUCCUCCGCCAACAAACUAUGAUCUCAAAUAUGUAAUCAACAUGUUUGACCCGAUUAAUCGGGAGUGGAACCGACUUCCUGUCCCUAAUUUCACAAAUGGGCUUCCUUGGUCGACUUCGAUUGCUAGCUCAGAAGGGAAACUCGUCGUGUUUACCGACUGCGAUCCGAAGAGUCGUGACCCGGUGAAGUCGAUGUUCGUGUUGGAUUUUGUGACUCGACGGUGGAGGAAAGGAAAUGGCAUGCCUUUAAUUAGGAGCCCAAAUUUUUGCACCGUGACUUCCCAAUGCCAUCGAAUAUUCAUUAGCGGUGACAUCGGUCCUGAAGAGGAUGCGGUUUGGGAGUAUGAUGUGGGGAAGGAGGAGUGGACCGAGUUCCAUCGUGUGAGAGGCGGUCAGAUCAAAGGGCUUCAGGUAAUUGGAGAGGAAUUAUGGGUUAUAAUCGGAUGCAGAGGUAGAACAAACAUCAGAAUGUUCAAAAAAAAUGUAGAUGUGUACCAUCUUCAAACUAAGAAAUGGAGACGGGUGGAAUUGGAUUUGGAAGGACUUCAUGACUUGUUUGGUCGCCGAAUUGACUUGAAAUUGUAUGAGUUGAUGAAGAAGUUGUCCGAGAAUAAGUUAUGGGUCAUGGAAAAUUGCUCUCAACUCCAAUUGGGUAAGCAAAGUUUACUAAUGUCCCCCACAGCCACCCUCAACAGUGGUUGUUAUGGUCAGGAGGAAUUAUUUGUUAUGCAGGACCAAGAUGGUAAUUUUGAAAGAAUGCAGCCCUCUAGUUCUGUGUUUUCUGGAUAUGUGGAAUCAAGUUGUUGUGUGGAAUUCUAA